UAAUUCUUUGACUCUGUCACAGUCAUGGCGCAUGGCGCGCAGCGCCGCGCCCCUCCACAACGGGAGAGAAAGAGCAAGUCGCUGCGGUGCUCUCGUCUCUUGCCUGCCUUGCCAGUCGACGUUCGUAAAUGGCGACGUACCGAUGUCGAAUGCGCGUAACGAACUGGUAAAUCGUCGUACGUGAUGACGGCUCGUCACUGAACAUCGGACGGCGAUGGGCACACAAAAGCCGGAAGAAUGGGCGAAUUUGCUGAUCACACGUUUCGAGGAACAGUUGCCAUGUCACAGUUGCUCUCAGACCACCCACUCUCGUAUGAACGAAGAAAGAAACAAAAAAUGUCUAAUACAAAUUUCUCGAUACCGUUUCUCUCUUGUAAUAUCCAGCCUUACCAAAAUACUUCAGAAUGUUAAUGAAAUGGUGCCAUCUAUUGGGGGUCAACGUAUAUUUCAUAGUACAGAUCAAGAUCGGCAGUGUUAUGAAUCUAUUACCAUUAUUUUGGAUACCUUGGAAAAGUGUCUUGCAAAUCAACCAAAAGAUACAGCUAAAUUUGACGAAGCUAUGAAUGUAAAGUUUUUGCUUAAAGAGAUAUGUCAAUUUAUAGAUAUACCAAACGAUAAUCCACAAAAUGCUCACUUAAAAAAUUUAGCUAGCAAGGUUUUGUUUGCACUAAGUUUAAAUUUCUUUAAUGCUGUAUUUAACAGAAUAUCAUCUAGACUUCAAGAAUUGGCAAAAUGUGGCGAUGAAAAUGCUGACUAUAGUGAUAUUGAAUUAAUUCAGCAUAUUAACGUGGAUGUAUAUAGGUUAACAAAACUUUUAAAUGAAGCAAUUCAAAAAUUUAAACAGCUUAAAAAGUCAGCUCACAUAGUUCUUAUGAAUUCUUUGGAGAAAGCAAUAUGGAAUUGGAUGGAUACUUAUUCUUAUGAAUUUGCUGAACUUCAAAAAGAACCAAAUGAAGAUCUGGGAAAAGCAUGUGAAGAACUAUUUGACAUUCUUGAUACAUUUGCAGACAAUAAAAAAGGAAGAGCUGCAGCUGUCUGGCCUUUACAAAUUAUGCUUCUAAUACUUUCACCAAAAGUUUUGGAGGAAAUAGUUAAUGCUGAUUUUAGUACUCUCUGUUCAUCAAGACAUUCGAAGAAAAAGCAAUUUAUUGACAGUAUUAAAAAAGGCCUAGGAAUGCAUGGUAGUUCUAGUAGGCAAUUAGUAGAAGCUGCAGCAGUUACUUGUAUCAAACUUUGUAAAGCGUCAACUUACAUUAACAAUCUGGAUUCAAAUAAUGUUAUCUUCAUACUUGUUCGACAUGUUAUGAGUGAUUUGAUGGCUUUACUUUUUAAUCCAGGGAAAAUAUUUUCUCGUGGUCAAAGCUAUGUUGCCCAAGACAUCGAUCUAAUGAUAGACUGUUUUGUUAGCUUCUUUCGCAUUAAACCUCAUAACAACGAAGUACUUAAAGUCUGCUUGAAUCUGAAUUAUCCAUCGACAUACCAGUUUGUCUUGGUUAGCUCAUUAUACAAAAUCGUAACUCAACCAAGACUGCCAUGGUGGCCUCAAAUAGAUCUUCUGUAUUCUCGUAGUGCAGAACUUAGAAAUAUGUUUAUUGAUAUUUUAAAUAAAGUCACACAGAGUUGCAUAUCAUAUACACCAUUACGAAUGAUUCAAAGUUUAACACAUAAAGGUAAAGAACAAAAUAAGUACAGAGACCGUGGAGAAGAAGUAUCGAGUUAUAGAAAUUUACUUUUAUGGAUGGUGAAACUUAUUCAUGCUGAUCCUAUGUUAUUGUUGAAUAAUCAGGGAAAAGCUGGUCAUGAAAUUCAAAGUUCAACUUUAGAAUUAAUUAAUGGUUUAGUUUCACUAGUUCAUCAACCAACAAUGUCAGACAUUGCUUAUGAAGCAAUGGAAGCAUUAUUGGUAUUACAUCAUCCAGAUAAAAUAAAAGCAUGGAAUCCAGAAGCACCAAUGAAUACCUUUUGGGAUGUUAGUUCACAAGUUCUGUUCUCAAUUUCCCAAAAAUUGAUUCAGCACCAAAUUGUUAAUUAUACUUGUAUAUUAAAAUGGCUUAGAGAAAUAUUAAUUUGUAGAAAUGCUUUUCUGGCACAAAAUAAGGAUUAUGCUAAUGUGGGUAGCCAGAUUGCUGUUUGUAAGCAAGCACAUAUUAAACUCGAGGUUGUAUUUUUCAUGUAUUUGUGGAGUAUAAAUAUGGAAGCAGUUUUAGUAUCAAUGUCUUGUUUUGCAUUGCUUUGCGAAGAAGCAGAAAUUCGUUGUGGUAGUGAUGAAGUAGCAGUAACUUGUUUACUUCCAAACUAUCACUUAUAUCUUGAAUUGGCACAAGCUUCUACUGCGUUAAUCACUGCCAGCGGGGAAAGUAAGCUAUGCUAUCGUGAUCAUAAUUAUGGACGUGCUGCUUUACAAGAAAGAAUUAUGGUCUUAUUGAGGAAAAUAGAACACUGUGUAAAUGGCAUACAACCUGCUUGGGAAGAAACAUUUAGAAAUUGGGAAAUAACUUCGCGGCAGUUAGUGACUUAUCCCAAAUCUAAAACAGAAGAUAGUCAGAUAGAAUCAUUUCAUCGAAGUACAGGGAAGCGAAGAGCAUCACACCAAAAUUCAGAACAUGAAUUAGAAGAACAAAUUAAUGAGUGGGCUAAUAUGACAGGAUUUCUUUGUGCUUUGGGUGGAGUAUGUUUACAGAAACGUUCUCCAAAUAGAUCAUUGUCAGGAAUGCCACCAAAUUCAGAACCAAAAAGGAGUGCAAAACAACAAGAACCCACACCUUGUUUAUCAAAUCCAAGUCAGGAAGUGCAAUAUUGUACACAAUUUGUUUAUAAUUUAUUACGCCUAUUAAUUUGUAACAAUGAAAAAUUUGGCAAUCAAAUUCAGAAACAUGUAAAAGAAUUGGUUGGGCAUGAAAUGAGUCCUGCACUAUAUCCAAUUCUUUUUGAUCAGAUUAAAAGCAUAGUCGAAAAAUUUUUUAAUCAACAAGGACAAGUUAUAGUAAUGGAAGGUAAUACGCAAUUCAUUGAGCAUAUAAUAUUUAUAAUGAAAAAUAUCCUAGAUUCUAAAACAGAUCAACCUUCUGAAUAUCUUGGAAUGACUAGCAUAGAAGGAAUGAUGUUAGCAAUUGUCAGAUAUGUUAGACAUUUGGAUAUGACUAAACAUUCUAUUCUUAUCAAAACAAAGUUGUGUCUGCUAGUUGAAGCAAUGAUGAAAAGACGAGAUGACUUAGCAUUCCGACAGGAAAUGAAAUUUAGAAAUAAACUUGUCGAAUAUUUAACUGAUUGGGUGAUGGGUGCUACUCAUCAAAUUACUCCAUCUACUAGUGGAGACUUGACUGUUUAUACACGAGAUUUAGAUCAAGCAUGCAUGGAAGCGGUCGGAGCAUUGCUACGAGGCCUACCUCUUCAACCCGAAGAAUCCGAUCGCGGUGAUUUAAUGGAAGCAAAAUCUCAGUUGUUCUUAAAAUAUUUUACUCUCUUCAUGAAUUUAUUAAACGACUGCAACGAAGUAACUGGUGAAGAAAAAGAAAUAGUGUCUCAACAACCAUGUUUAAGUAGUGGCAAAUUAUCUACUUUACGCAACGCUACUAUACAAGCAAUGAGUAAUCUUCUCAGCGCAAAUAUUGAUAGUGGAUUAAUGCAUUCUCUAAGUUUGGGUUACAAUCCAGAUUUACAAACACGGGCAGCAUUUAUGGAAGUUCUCACCAAAAUUCUUCAACAAGGAACGGAAUUUGAUACAUUAGCAGAAACAGUAUUAGCUGAUAGGUUUGAGCAAUUAGUUCAACUUGUUACAAUGAUUAGUGACAAAGGAGAAUUACCUAUUGCAAUGGCCUUAGCUAAUGUAGUAACAACGAAUCAAAUGGACGAAUUAGCACGAGUUUUUGUGACAUUAUUUGAUGCUAAGCACUUGUUAUCUUCGCUCUUAUGGAAUAUGUUUUAUCGCGAAGUUGAAGUUUCUGAUUGUAUGCAAACAUUAUUUCGUGGAAACAGUCUUGGAAGCAAAAUUAUGGCAUUUUGUUUUAAAAUUUAUGGUGCCAGUUAUUUACAAAAUUUAUUAGAACCUUUAAUUACUCCUCUAUUAGAUGAUCCCACUACUGGUUUUGAAGUUGAUAGCGCCAGAAUAGAUGCUAAUGAAGAUAUAGAAAAGAAUGGUCGUAAUUUGAUUGCAUUAACUCAAAAAGUAUUUGAUGCUAUAGUAUCAUCAGCUGAUCGGUUUCCACCACAAUUGCGGUCUAUGUGUCAUUGUUUAUAUCAGGUACUCAGUAAAAGAUUUCCACAGUGUCCACAAAAUAAUAUUGGAGCUGUUGGAACUGUAAUAUUUCUGCGAUUUAUUAAUCCAGCUAUUGUAUCACCCCAAGAAAUGGGUAUUGUAAAUAAGCCUGUACCUCCGCACAUUAAGAGAGGUCUUAUGUUAAUGUCUAAAAUUCUUCAAAAUAUCGCAAACCAUGUAGAAUUUAGCAAAGAACAACACAUGUUACCAUUUAAUGACUUCUUACGUGCACAUUUCGAAAUUGGAAGAAGAUUUUUCAUACAGAUAGCAUCAGAUUGUGAAACGGUCGAUCAAGCUAAUCAUCCGAUGUCGUUUGUGUCGGAUGCCAAUGUUCUAGCAUUACAUAGAUUGCUUUGGAAUCAUCAAGAGCGAAUUGGCGAUUAUCUUAGUAGCAGUCGGGACCAUAAAGCAGUAGGUAGAAGACCUUUUGAUAAAAUGGCUACAUUAUUGGCUUAUCUUGGUCCUCCAGAACAUAAACCAAUAGAUUCACACUUACUUUUUUCAUCGUCUUACGCACGAUGGUCAAACAUUGAUAUGUCUUCAACUAAUUUUGAGGAAAUUAUGGUAAAACAUAAUAUGCAUGAAAAUGAAGAAUUUAAGAGUAUCAAGAAUUUAAAUAUAUUCUAUCAAGCAGGAACUAGUAAACAAGGGUACCCAGUGUUUUAUUAUAUUGCUAGACGUUACAAAAUUGGCGAUACGAAUGGUGAUUUGCUAAUAUACCAUGUUAUUCUUACUCUAAAACCAUUCUGCCAUUCUCCAUUUGAAUUGGUUGUUGAUUUCACUCACGCAUGUUCAGACAAUCGAUUUAGAGCUGAAUUCCUACAAAAAUGGUUUUAUGUAUUGCCUAAAGUUGCCUAUGAAAAUAUUCAUGCCGCAUAUAUUUAUAAUUGUAAUAGCUGGGUGAGAGAAUAUAUAAAGUUUCACGAUAGGAUUUUGGCACCGUUAAAAGGUAAUAGAAAGGUAGUUUUCAUAGACGGACCGGGUCGUUUAAAUGAUGUGAUUGAUGUCGAUCAACAAAAAUUGCCUGGAGCUACUUUAUCUCUUGAUGAAGAUUUAAAGGUUUUUAACAGUGUUUUAAAAAUUUGUCAUAGGGAUACUAAGGUAUCCGUAAAAGUUGGACCAACAGCGAUACAAAUUACCUCGGCGGAGAAAUGCAAAGUAUUGUCGCAUUCCGUUCUCUUAAAUGAUGUUUAUUAUGCAUCUGAAAUAGAAGAAGUUUGUUUAGUAGAUGACAAUCAAUUUACAUUGACUAUUUCAAAUGAAACUGGCCCAUUAUCUCUUAUUCAUCAAGACUGUGAUAGUAUUGUACAGGCUAUAAUUCAUAUAAGAAAUCGAUGGGAAUUAUCACAGCCGGAAUCUGUAUCUAUUCAUCCAAAGAUAAGACCUAAAGAUGUACCUGGAACAUUAUUAAACAUGGCGUUAUUGAAUCUUGGUAGCUCGGAUCCAAAUUUACGAACAGCAGCAUACAAUCAACUGUGUGCUUUAACUGCUACAUUUGAUUUAAAAAUAGAAGGACAACUCUUGGAAACAUCUGGACUUUGCAUACCAUCAAAUAAUACUAUAUUUAUUAAACAUUUAAGUGAAACCUUGGCUGCAAAUGAUCCUCAUCUUACACUGGAGUUUUUAGAGGAAUGUAUACAAGGUUUCAGAUUGUCAAGCAUUGAGUUAAAACAUCUUUGUUUAGAAUAUAUGACUCCGUGGUUAAAUAAUCUUGUACGAUUUUACAAGCCAAACGACGAAGGAGGGAAACGUCAGAAACAAGUUACAAAAAUUUUAGAGAAAUUAAUUACAUUAACUAUUGAAGAAGUGGAAAUGUAUCCAAGUAUACAAGCUAAAAUAUGGAGCACAAUCGGAAGACUACCCGACUUAAUAGAUACAGUCUUGGAUAAUUUCAUUCAACGUAGUGUCAGUUUUGGACUUGGUUCUCCUACAGUUGAAAUUAUGGCAGAUACCGCCGUAGCUUUGGCUUCUGGAAAUGUUCAAUUAGUGGCAAAGAAAGUAAUAGGAAGACUUUGUCGAGUUGUCGAUAAAACUUGUACUUCUCCAACACCGUUAUUAGAACGACAUACAAGAUGGAAUGACAUUGCUAUUCUAGCAAGAUAUUUAUUAAUGCUAUCUUUUAAUAACUGCUUGGACGUAGGAAAACAUCUACCAUAUUUGUUUCAUACAGUGACAUUUCUAGUUUGUUCCGGAAGUCUGAGUAUGCGUGCUUCUACUCAUGGUUUGGUCAUUAAUAGUAUUCAUUCGUUAUGCACCUGUAGUUCACCUUCCUUUUCAGAAGAUACUUAUCGAAUAUUACGGAUGAGUUUAGAUGAAUUUUCUCUCCCAAAAUUUUAUUUACUUUUUGGAAUUAGCGAAGUGAAAUCUGCUGCGGGUACAGCAUUUAGAUCUAGUUAUAGACAUUCUAAUGAAAAAUGGUUUAGCAACGAGCGUAGCGUUACAGGAACACACGAUAAAGAAAGACUUUCACUAACCAGUUUAGAAAUUAUUACUGAUGCUCUUCUUGAAAUUAUGGAAGCUUGUAUGCGGGACAUACCACACUGUGAUUGGUUAAAAACUUGGACUUCUUUAGCAAGGAAUUUUGCUUUUUGCUUUAAUCCCGCUCUUCAGCCUCGAGCUUUGAUUGUUUUCGGAUGUAUUAGUAAAAGCAUAACUGAUCAAGAUAUGAAACAGUUACUAAGGAUAUUAGUAAAAGCACUCGAGAGUUUUAACGAUAUCACUUUGUUGGAAGCAAUCAUUAUGUGCCUCACUCGAUUACAACCUUUGCUUAGAUCUGAAUCUCCCUUACAUCGAUAUUUAUUUUGGGUAGCAACAUCAAUUCUUCAAUUAGAUGAAGCUUCUUUAUAUGCCUGUGGUUUAGCACUCCUCGAGCAAAAUUUACACACUUUGGAUUCUCAAGGAACUUUUGAUGACAAAACCUUGAAGCAAGUUAUGAUGUCAACACGAGAACCUUUAGAAUGGCACUUUAAACAAUUAGAUAAUGCUGUGGGACUUUCGUUCAAAUCAAAUUUUCAUUUUGCUUUGGUUGGUCAUUUAUUAAAAGGAUACAGACAUCCUACACCUACCACUGUUACAAGAACAGCCAGAGUAUUGUCUAUGCUGUUAGGUAUUGUUGCUAAACCAUUUAGAAGAGACAAAUUUGAAGUCACACCAGAAAGUGUGGCAUACUUGUCUGCGUUAGUAUCUGUAUCUGAGGAAGUGCGGAGUAGAUGUCAUAUUAGACAUGCUGUGACCAAAACUGUAGAAUCUGGUAGCACAGAUUAUCUUGAUAUUUUGCUUCCACACAGUACAGAUACGUCCAAUGCAACAUCAAGUAAUCCUACUAAUCGCCGACAAAAAUCAUGGGAUCUUCUUGAUCAGUCUGCGCUCACUCAAGCUAGACAACAGAAACAAUAUUCAACUCAUCAGACUGGACGGAUUUUAUUUAAAACACAGCGAUCCUUUUCUGUACCAACUGCAAAGGAAGCAAAGUCGAAUGAAGAAGUUGAACCAAAGAAUCGAAGUGCCAGAGUAAGCGUGAGCAACGAAAAUAAUAUAUUGCUUGAUCCAGAAGUACUGACAGAUUUUUCAACUCAAACUUUGGUUCUAACUGUUCUGGUUACUUUAGUUAAAAAUUCAACCGAUGAAAACGAACAACGGAUUCUUUAUGAAUAUCUUGCGGAAGCCUCAGUGGUGUUUCCAAAAGUCUUCCCAGUAAUUCAUAAUUUGCUUGAUGCAAAAAUCAACAAUGUAUUAUCCUUUUGCCAUGACCAAGAGAUAUUGAAUUCUGUACAAGCAAUUAUACAAAAUAUGAUAGCAUGCGAGGAUACAAGUCAACAGCAGUUACAUUACUUACAAAGCUGUGGUUUUGGUGGAUUAUGGAGAUUUGCAGGGCCAUACACAAAUUCCAAUUGUACAGCCGAAAGCGCUCAGUUAUUUGUUAAUUGCCUGGAAGCCAUGGUGGAAACGUGUUUACCGGUAGAUGAAGCUGAAGCGUUAAAUAGCAAUGAAAUCUCGAAUGAAAAAUGUAAACGAACCGAUAGUCAUCAGUCAGAAGUCGCACAAAAAAACAAAUCUUUAACUCAUGCGGGAGAUCGGGCAAGUUCUCGCGCUUUUUCGGAAAAAAUGGACGAAACUUCUCGGAGUAGAUCUUCUUUCGUUCACAUAGAUCACAGUAUAGAUAGCAGAGGAGAUGUUUCAUUGGAUUCUGUGGGUCAAGGAGAAAAUACGAGUAGUAGUAACAAUUUACAACCUUAGCGAUUAAUAUGUGAACCUAAGAAACAGUGGGGUAAACAUGGGCGAAAAGGACAAGUUGGUCGGAAGUUGCAAAGACAAUUAAGAAACGCAAAUAUUUUGGCUCCGUGCUAUUGCUGCAACAUGUCGAAUCAGUUUAAUCCAAUGCCGUCCACUUCAUGUUAAUGUACCCACUGGAAUGCAAAUAAUUAAGCGCAAUCUGUUAGUCGAUAUACCACUUAUUUUGUUAUUAGCGACAUAUUUCGAUGGUUUUGUAUUAUCUUUAAAUUUACGUUUAAUACAACGAUUAAUUGUUUCUAUAUUAUAGUGAUAAUAUAGAAAAAAGUUACGCAAUGAGUCCAUUAUCGAUUUUUAAUACGCCAGAGAGAGUUAUGUUUUGUAUAAAUAACGAUUUUUAAAAGUACAAUUGUUCAAACUUUUGUAAUUAGACAAUUGUUGUAAUUAAUCAAUAUAUAUAAUAUUUCAUAGUUUCAUGGCGAUAAUUGAAUAUUCAUGGAUAUUUUCAUUCCUUUACAACUAAAUAUUUUUAUAUCAUCUGUCCCUGUUUCUAAACAAAUUUAAUAUAAUCCCGUGUUAUUAGAAUAAAAUGAUUAUAUAAAUAGUUUAUCAAAGAAGUCCAGCUACAUGAGUUUAUUUCUUGGUAAUAUUUAGUGGAAGGAAUGAUAUUAUUUUCUGAUAGGAAUUAUGUUUCACUUAAACUUGAGAUUAAGAUAACAAAACGAAUAACGAGAUUGUUGUUUUAUGUUGCGGUAAAAUGAAGCGGUAAUUGAAUUGAAAGAAAAUGUAUGUUUAAUGAAAACAUUAUAUUAUGGGCACCAGCAAGUCAAAUUCUUGAUGAAAGAAUUCCAUUGAAAUUGUAAUGAAGUAAUGAAGAUACUCAAAACACUUGUGUAAAUAAAUACAGAAUUUUCGUGCACAAAAAUAUAAAGAUAUACGUGCAUAAAGAUAUAAUAUCUCGAGAGGAAUGUAUUUAUAAAAAUAACUAAAAAUGUUUCAUGUUAUCACAUUUACUACAAAGAAAAAAUGCAGUUUGACUAGAAUACGAUUCUGGAUCAGUGCAAAAUCGUUCAAACAGUAUGUCACGUUAUGUAUGAAGAACUUAUAUUCUUUUCUACAUAAAUAUAUUUAUUCUUUGAGUGUGAUUGUAUUUUGUUCGAAAAAACAAUAGGGUACAUGUGCGUUUUGCGCGAUUGCAAUUGCAAAAUUCGCGUAUAUUUAUGAAUAGAAUUUCGAGAGGGUCGGGAACUCAUCUCUCGAAUAUCAUAAUAUAAUUGCAACUCCUUGCACUUGGCCAUUAUUUAUGAGGCAUGUGCACAUAUUUUUAUAUUGUUAAUGUUUAAUGAAUUUAAAUAAGCUUUAAUUCAGAAUCUUUUCCUGUUAAUAUAAUAUUUAACGAUAUUUAUUCAUAAUGGAAUAUUAAUUGAAAAUAUUCAGAUAUUCAAAAGAUAUAUUAUAGAUAUCGGAGGAAAAGUGGCAAGGAGUUGACAAUACAAAGACGUUCUGGACCAGUAUACGUCCGGUGCAUUGGAGGCCUCUUUUCGUCUCAGAAUGCUCGAGCAACUGAAUGAUCGGUCAUUUUUAGAGUUCUCAAAACAAAACACCAAUGAUUCUAUUGUCUACCACUUAUUAAAGUACAAAGCAAGACACGUUAUUUUUUCCCGAAGCGCAUAAAAUCAUGUAGUAGAGACAAUUCAUUAGUAAUUAGUGAAAAAAGAAAAAAACAAACAGUGAUCGGUAAUGAUAUAAGUGUCUUAUUUUCUGUUGAAUAUCAGUUACAAAAAUAUGAAAAAUAUAUACAUUUAAUAUACAUACACAUAAUAGGUUGAUCGCAGCAAUAGAUUACCCGUAAUGAAUUCGAUAAUGCGUUUGUACAUAGUAUAUAAAUAUAUUAUAUGCAGGAUGUUUCGUAAGUUGUCGAACAAUAUCUAACGGAAAAUUCAAUGAAAUUAUUAAUUACGUUUUCAUGUAUUGUAUAAUUGAACAUGGUUUUAGUUUAAUAUUCAAUAAUUUGUGCAAAGAUUUAGUUUAAUUACAGGGCACGAAUUUAAAACUGCCGAUUUUCUUUUAGUAAUAGAUGUAAAGCUUAUGAAAUACCCUUAUAUAUAGAGUAUUUCAUACGAUAUACAUAUACAUAUACAUGUGUACACCAUAUUUGCAGAAUACUAAUUUAAAUUAAUAAUAAUAAGCUUGUCAUGUUUUCAUACGACUAUUGAUUAUUAAUUUUCUAGGAAUCAGCAGAUAAAAAAUUGUCCAUGUAAUGAAUCUAAAUAAUUAUAAUACUGUCAUUUUCUUGUAUGUUGUACGCUAGAUAAUAAUACUUUUAUUUCGCUAUAAAUUUAGUGCAAAACAUUUUUUAAAAUGCAAUCAAAAUUGAAAUAUAGUCCGUUUUCCAUUUGCUUUGUCUGUCUCGUUUUAUUUAUACGUUAGAAAGAAACAACUUUCAAAAGUCGAUAUUAAUUCUAUUACUGCCUGAUACAGUCUUUUUUGUGAUUUUACACCAAAGAUAUAAAUGCCAUUUUAUAUCAGAAUUUAACUAAUUUUUAUGGUAUUGAACACAAAUAUGUAACUAACAGUAAGAAAGCUAAUGUAUCUAUUUUUUAAGUAUCUUUAAUUAAAAAUUAAUAUUCAAUAGUCUAUCGAAAACAGUAACGAUUGUUUUAUUCAUUAAAACACGAAUGUCACAUGCUAAAUAUAUCAUAUCUUAUGAAAUACUCUGUAUAUACAACACAUAAGUACACUAUAUAAAUAUUUGUAUAGCACGUGCGUAUUUUAGAAAUUUAUAAUUUUAUGAAAACGAAAUUGUUUCAAAAUUGUCGAAUAAGAGAAUAUAUGUUAUUAUUAGGAAAUACGUUCUAUAGAUUAUUCGUAUGUUUACGUCGAAUGUUAAUGUAAGAUAUACAAUCUUCAAAAUGCUUGUACUUAGAUAUUUUUGGCGCAUCUCGAACGAACUGCGUUACGAACAAAGCAUUGUUAAUCUAGUUAAAUGUUUAAGUGUUAUAUCUACUUAGUUCGUGCAGUACUCGUGACUAUAAAACGAGAGAUUCCUUGAACAGAAAUAAAAUAAUUCUUAAUGGUUUCACAUUUCCAACAUUGGAAUUAUCGAAUUCCUUGUCAAAGUUGAAUAAAUAAUAAACCAAUCGAUGUUAAAAGAGUAUAAAUUUACAACAGAUAUUCUAGACAAAUAUAUUAUUUUAAUGUUUCCGAAUAA